AGCGUCGCGUCGUAUCGUCUGCAUCGCGCUGCAAGUGACAGUUCGUACGUGUUAUUGACAGUGGAUGCGUAACGCGACGCGACGCGACGCGAUGCGAUGCGAUGCGACGCGAAAUGCAAUUCGUGAAAGAACAAUUCAUCCGAUGAACGAAUGAUUACAACGCACGUAUGACGGUGGCGAGCGCGCGCGAGCGAUGCCGUGAUACUUCGUGCACUGCGCUGUGAAAGCCGAGCGUGGCCGAAGCGAGCGACGGCGCUCGCGAUCGAACUUCAUCUUCACUGACGGUGCGUUCGAGCACUGCACUGUGCCGCCUCUGGACUUGUUCGUCGAAUAUUCUUUGCGAUUUCUCGCGCUUAUCGUUUCGCACCGUCCCGAUGUGAUCGGAUCGAUCGUCGUCAUCAACGGCUUGUCGGCGGUCUCGUCACUCCGUUCGCGGCACAGGCUUAUGCCUUUUCAACGCUCGUGUCAAUUUCCCCGUUCACGACACUAUCAGCGCUCUUCUGCCACACGUUGGUAAAAUCGUCAUGACAGUCGUCUGAACAUUCUCGCAAAUUUCCACGUUGUUUCCUCGAUGUACAGCAUGUUGUUCUGCCACGACGAUUAUAUCAUACUCGCCAACGAGGAGUCAAAUAGUCGGUGUGCGCGAUUGAUAUCUCAUCAAAGUAUUUCUUUCGAAAACACAUCUCGUCGCUUACUGACAAUCUAUUGCCAUUGUAUAUUCUCUCACUGAGGAUUUCCCGGCGAUUUCUCACGCAAUGUCAACACAUUUCGUUCGAUAGGAUUAAUUCUCUACCAAUCUCCGAUAGGAAGAAAUUUCUACUGAUUAUUGAUAUUUCGAAAAAUGCAAACAUUCCUGUGAUUUAUCGCGAAUUUCCCUUAACAAGAAAGAAAAAUAAAGAAAUGCCGUAUGAAGACAUUUAAUCGAUUCAUUCAGAAGCUGCAGUCUUAUAUUCAGAAACAAGUGUCUCAACGGAAAAGAAAAUAAGGUGCAGACGAUAACAGAGAAUUCGGUAUGAUCCGUGGUGGAGCUAGAACCCGCUCGAGAAUAUUAGGCGGGGGGGUGGAGGCAUGGAAGCCGAAACUGGUCGGCCGUCUCUUCAGAGGCUCUUCAAAGGCACCUUGCCGUCUCCGGGAAUACCCGGAUUAGAUGUUAUACGAGCCCUCCAUCAAACGGUCGUAUCGUUGCGUUCGGCCUUGGAUUCAUCACGAGAGGAACUUCGUCGUUUGCAAGAGAGCGUCGGGACUUUCUCUGGCGAGAGCUACAUCGACGCGGUCAGCCGUUUGGCCCUCGAGAACCACGUGCUCAGAAGAAGGAUCUUGAGCAGGAGCUGCGAGUUUUCCAGCAAUGCGACAACCGGUCUGCCACCUCAACCGAGACGCGUUCGACUCAUCGUAGAGGCUCACACGAAUCAGCACUUGGAUUCUGCGAAGGCCGCUAUGGACGUAUCCAAGAAGAAGGCCGCUACCGAUACUCAGGACACGAUCGAUCAGUCUGCCUCCGGACACAGCAGUAGCAGCAGUAGUAGCGGCAACGACAGUCCCGACCCACCAUUACGAGCUAGUCGAGCCAGCAGAUUUCAAGCUUCGUCAAAAUCCUCCAGAGACACGGCUAGCUCGAAAACCGUCGAGCCACCGUUGGUGCCUACGAUGCUGAACGCACCUCUAACUGAAAAUUACAAGUCCCCGACUUCGGCAACGAAUGCGAUUAAUAACGAGGAAGAAGGUCGAAUGGAAGUCUCGGGCGAUACAGUUAACGUGGAUCAUCUCGACGUUCCCGAUAAGGAUACCGAGGACCUGAGUCUAAAGUCCAUUUCUGACGGUGACAAUUCCGUGUUCAGCGAUCACGCGGUGGAUCAGACACAGGCGCCUCGGCAAGGUCAGCAGGGUGACCCUUCGAGACCAAACGAACAUUCGGAGAACGAGUCGGAGGAACUGGACGAUAUCGAACUGAUAUUCACGACGGACGAAACCUGUCGCGAUCUUGGCCUGCAGGAGGAUCUGGUAUCCAUUACGGAGACCGAAUCUUGGCAACAGGCGAGCGCCGGUAGCGGCCAGCCUGUUCUUCUUAAGUACACAAAGUCAGCGGAAGGUGAGUCGCUGGUGUGCAACGGCGACAAAACCAGCUCCGUCGAGGAGGCCGUCUCCUCGCAGAGCUCCAGCAUCGAUCGCGAGGAGAGCGUCGACAGAUUCGACGAGAGUUCCAGUACCAGGCUCAACAAGAUGUGGUCGCAGUGCUCUGUCCUGGUGGAAACGGAUAUUAGCAAGUGCGGCGUACUGGAGGAUGCCGAAGGCACGGCUGGAUCGUCUUUGCGACACGCUGCGCGAAGAAACACCCUGGCUGCACCACCUACGGCUUACAGGCCCAUUAUUCAUCGGGAAGCUCUAGCCGGUGGCCGGAGGAAGAGCUCUGCGCCGUUGCGACCGGUGAUGGACCGUAGCAGCGGCGCUAGAAGAGAAUCCGGCGCGCAGACGGAUAUCUCUGCACUGCCGGCGCAGUGGCGCUCCGAGAGCUACCUAGCGCACAAGGUCGCGCAUACUUUUACGACGCUACCUAGUAAGUUUGCGCUGCCAACGGGAGUGCCCGGCCGACUGAGGCUGUCGGACAAGACGCGAGAAGCUAGAAGAGUCAUGUUGUCGGAUAUCAGUUUCACCAGUAUGGUACCGGAGCUGUCACGGAGCGCGGAUCACCUGUGCCAUGACCCGCACGCGCAGACGUGUUUGAAUUCACGCGGCUGUGGUCUCCGUACACCGGAGGCUCAUCGACGCGAAUCUUUAGGCUCUCCUGCCGCAUACUGGCCACGUUAUAAUCCUGCGACAGGUCUGCCGAGUCCCUGCGACUGUCGCUUGUCGAGCGAUCUGUAUCCGUCGCGAUACCGCGGCUCUUUGACAUCGAUACCGUCGCCUGGCCUCGAGGUGGUCGGCGGUCCUCCGCGGAGACAUUCCUGGAGGGCGACAGCAGCAUCCUUCGACACGUGGAGAGUGCCGGUCGCGACUUCUACGCCACGACCCACCUGGUCUUCGAUGCCGUCAUCUCCGACGCACGUGCAUCCUCCAUCAACCUCCUCCAGAGCUUCGAAAAAUGUACCAAAGAGGACGAGAUCUAAAGUCACCUUCCAAGAAUGUCCAAUGACGCGCGGUAGUCUACCCAACUUACGUUCAGACUUGGCCGGCGGUGAGAACAGCGGAGAUUCUACCGAAUCAUUGAUUGAUGAGGCCGAGGAUUACCUACGGCGAAGUAUCGACUCCAUGCUGACGAUAUCAAGCGCCAGUACGGACUAUUGGAGCAAGCAGACAGCGAAGCGAAGAAGAGCGCGCAGACACUCGGAGCCCGACUUAAUUCGCGAUUGGUAUCCUCCUCAGGAUGCCAGGCCAUACUUGCCAAAGAUACCAAGGGAUCUCAAACUGGACCACCUCGUGAAGGUCAUAUCGCCAGAGGGCAGGGUCCUCCAAGGCCGCGUAAGGUACAUAGGUGCUGUUCCAGGUCGAGAAGAUGCACACGUGGGCGUCGAACUGCCAUAUCGCAACGGUUCAUCCGAUGGUACAUUUCAUGGCAGAAAGUUUUUCGAAUGAAGGUGGUACUCGCCUGGUGUACCACUUGAUCCGAGAGACUCACCGCGGUGGCCACCACCCCUCGUAUUCUACUAUCUCAGUACACCAUGUAAAAGUUGGGAGAAACGUAAGUCGUAUUUGCUGCUUCUGACGAGGUUCUGACUGAGUUGCGAUAACGAGAUUCUUCCUCUCUAAUCUCUGGCGAUUAUAAUUCUCUCAUUCCCACGAUGAUGGGAAUGUCGUUACUCGAUGUUCAGAUCGUUAAUUGCAUUCGCGUCUACAUUCGGCAUGCGACUCAACUUUAAAAAUUGAAUUCCACUAAGAACCGCGCGUCUAUACAUCGUUUUAUAGUCUAUCGUACAUUACAAAGUGUUGUAAUCAGUGUGAUACUAUAUGCAUAUACAGUACACACAGCUCGCUCCGUUUAUAUCUUCAUGGUGGAUGGAUCAUCAUCACUGCGGAACAUAUACGGAAUAGUAGGGACGAGUCCCGCGCAACAUCGAUGUCUAAUUUUCCUAUAGAAUGUUAUUUUCCUUACAACCGCGCGAGGGUUGUGAGUUUGUGACGUUCCGUGAGGGAAGUCAGCGAUAACACAAGACUUGAAUUGAAUAUGUCGUAUUGUGUUACUGACUGUUGACAAACGCAAACGUAUUUCGCUCAACCAACGUAAGAAAUCAAUUGCGAGGAAUGAGAGAAUUAAAUUGUAAUUUCGUAUAAUUUUUCUUUGAGAGUAAGAAAGGAGACGAAUAGAGAGAAAUUAGCAGUAUUGGGGGAGAGGAUUCAUUUUCAGCAGGAAUAAUCGAAACUAUCGAUAGUUUCCGUUUCAGUAAUCAAGAGACUAACUGUGACGGCGAACGUAACAGCAUAGCAAAUGCAUUGUGAUUGUAUUCUCUCGCGCGAAUAAUUUAAACGAGUCGACAUUUAUUUGCCGCGAUAUCACGCAUGGCUUUCAGUUACUUAAGAAUUGUGUUCGUCAUUUAAGAAAAGCGAACGAAUUUAUUGCGGCUACUGUGAUUAACUGAUUAUUAUUAUUAAUACAUACACACACACACACACA